AUGGCGAAUUACAUGUUUUUAAUGGAAUGGGAGAAUAACACGUUAACUGAAUGGGAUGAACACAACAUGGUCAAGAUGACUGUGACUGGGUGUGGUUUCUCCUUUGUUGGCCUCAUGCUCACACUCUGUCUCCUCUGCUUUCUCCCUCUUGCCAAUGACGGACUCUACAUUAUAACCAACAUGUGCAUAUCAAUGGUAGCUGCACAGUUAGCCUUUAUAGGGUCGGAAAACACCUACCCGGAGAAGCUACUUUGUAAGACAGCGACGUCACUGCUCCACUACCUCUUCCUGUGUGUUCACUUCUCCUCUUUGUGUUUCGGGAUACACCUGAUGACAAAGUUGAAGGCAGAACACAUGAUGAAUAAGUCUCUCAAGCGUACGUGGAUACUACUCACGUGCUGGGGAGUGCCUGGUAUUAUUGUUGCUAUCACGUCAGUCAUACGAGGGGACACAUAUGGAACCAACAAACUAUGUUGGUUGGCAACAGCGUAUGGUACCAAAUGGGCGUUUCUGGGACCGGUGAUGAUAAUACAGCUGGUAAAUGGUGCCAUCUUCGUUAUUAUGAUGUUAACAAGGAUGGGUGCCGAUUCAAAGAAAGGAUGCUCUCCUCUCGAAGUACUCAAACAGCAGGUGAUGACGGCAAUCUCCCUGAUUCCAUGCCUAGGUUUGAUGUGGUCGCUUGGAUUUGCCGUGACGUUCGGGACUUCUAAAACAGCACAAUAUCUGUUUGUAGUGUUGGCGGCGUUACAGGGACUGUUAAUAUUCCUGGGACAUAUAAUGACUCAUAAGCAAGUCCGCAAGUCUCUGUGCGUGAAGAUGAACCCAAGUGAUUACGACAUGUCAGAGAAGUAUAGUGACGACUACACCAGGUCCUCAAAUAUCGUCGAAGCUAAACGAGGGAGUUGUGACUCUUCGGUGUCUCUUACCGAGAGACGCCAUUCUGACCACUGUCUGGGUACAAACAGAAACCAACUCGUUGUUCCUCCAGCCGCGCAAUGCCGACACCGAUCGCCCCGAAAAAGUACAUGAUGUGACGUCAUCAAUCAUGGCAGCUCCAUAUAAUGAUCUAAAAUAUCUGCUUGCUUUUGUGAUGAAACAUUAAG